AUGGCGUGCCGACGCUUCAUGCGAGCAGGGCUACAAGCCAAGCCAGAUGUGUGGUACCCUUCAUCCACAACGGUCAAGCCAAACGCCAUCAGCUGGGAUCUGCAGAAACAGCACAAGCGAUGGCUGGCCGGCACUCACCCAGAGGCAUUCACCGGCAUGUCCGAUCUCCUUUCAGACCUCAUGUGCGAGUCCAAUGACGCCACGCGGUCUGCGAAUCAUCCUCUCCUGGCGAUCGGCCAGAUGGCCAAUCUCACGGAUCCCCGACGCCCGCGCGUCAGACCUGUCAUCGCCAUGGCUGCAGGCGAAUCCGGACAGCUCCUUCGUCUUUGUGCUCUUCGAGACUCGACGUGGCGCUGGGGCACGCAUCAGAGCCCCGCACUCCAUCGACUACACCUUGACGCCGACGACGCCGACGAGGUGGCCCAUUGGGCGCAUGACGACAGCCCCAUCUUGCAGGUCAAGGCAGCAAUGAGCUUGGUGGGAAAUGAGCCCUCGCGCUACAUUAUUGUGCAGAAGAAACUGGCAACAACGGUCCUCAAGCCACAGUAUCGGACGAUUCCUGUGGCUAGGGAACAUUCAGGCGUGGGAGAGGAUCGCGAACGGCCCUCACGAAUCGACCCAAAGCCUGUCAUGGUGGUCUCGAGUCACGACACUGGAGGCCGCCCACAUGCUGAUGUUUCUUACUGCCCAGGGUCGGAGGGCAAGCCGGAACUUUUGGCCGUGGUAGACGACUUUGGAUAUUGGUACGUGUGGGAGAUGCAGGGCCGGUUCAAAGUCACGCGUCCCGGAUUGGAGCCCGAUCUUCGAUUCCACGGCCACAUUGAGCAGGGAAUAUUCGACGUUACGCCAACACAGACCGAGACGACAAUGCUGGCGGCGACGCACGGCAUAUUGUGGAUCGGCACUUCCGGGUCAGACUGGAAUCACUGGGACGCUGCGCUGGUGGCAGCGGUGGACUCUGGGGGCAUUCCUCCAAGCGCUUCCUCGCGAGCUACGGCUUUCAUUGUUUGGAGUCAAAAACAACUUGCACUUGUUGACUUGCGAACUGUCACAUCAACCAUUCUCGACUGUCCAGUACGGACAACGCCCAAAGACUUGAUCCUUGAUGUCAAACAAAACCCUGCCAACCAGCGCCAAAUUUUCGUCCUGACGACUACGAGCUUGUUCUGGAUUGAGAUUUCUCCGCCAGUGGCAGCUGGCCAGACCGCAAGUGGACCCAGGAUUCUCCUAUCGUGCGCCCACCUACGUAGCGCCAACAAUCGAUUUCUGAAGCUGAAGGUGCAUCAUGGCUGGUCGAGCCUCGGCGACGAUGCUAGCCUUGUUUGCUUACAUUCAAGCCGCAAUCCCGAUAUCGAUAUUUACGCCUUCAGCACACACGAGACGACGAGCCUGCCUCAAUUCCAGCAUCACAUGGUCCGCGUACCGGGCAUUGGCCAAGGAGAGGAUGAGAAUGGCCUCGAAAUGCAGACUUUUUGCCUCGCACCAGCCAUUUUGACCGCCUCCACGCCCUCGACGGGCCCCGGAGCAGCACACAUGGACCGUGACGACCAUUUUUGGCAACUAUUUGUCCUGAAUCAAGAUCUUGGUUUAAAAUGCUCGCUGGUGGUGGCCACAUCUAGUUCUCACGAUGACGUUCGCGUUCCUAACACGCUCAAGGUGACGGGAAAGAAGAGAAAGAUUGUGAAUCAGCGAAGAACAGCCUUCAUCCAGCAGCUUGCCGAAGUUUUUGCGGUGCCAGACGCCUUUGGCGAGAUGGAUGAACUCUUCCGACUCAGGCAAGGCGCUGGCGGGGACCUAGCACUCAUACAGGAUGGUCCAGGCUCCGCACGACGUUGGCCAAGGAGCAAGGUUGAGGGCAUCGACCUGCUGUUCUUCCGCGUGGGAGUUUCGAUGGAGACGGUGGCGAUGGAGAGUCGAAGGGUUGAGGCUAAAGGCCCCUUUCAGGGCUUCGACCUAAUCCAUCGGGCAGUGGCACAAUGCCUCGGUAUGGAGGACCAACAGCUGCCGCUGAGCACAUUGCGAGACUAUCAGCCCGCAAUGGAAGCUCCUCCGAUCGACGAGGCCGACGAAGAAGCUUGGGAUGCGCAAUUGCAUGAAUUUUACGGUCUCAACGACCAGCGAAUUGUCAUCCAGUCAACGGCAGCCCGCUUCUUUGGCCUACCUGCGGAUGCCAAUCUCUCCUUCUCAGCUUUGCGGCGACAUUGCGAAGAGCUUUGGCCGGCCACAGAUGCCUCGGCUGAGGCACAGAUCUCGAGACGGCUCGCGCUGGCAGAAACGGUCGAGGCUUCGAUAAGGUCCCUCGUCGGUGUUAUGGCUUUUGAUUUUACCUCAUCCGAAACCCACGACGGGCUCACAUCUUGGGUGCCGGAACCGAAAGGACCGAAACAACCAUCGCAGGCGGUGUCUUCGCAGCGGACGGUCUAUCCGACACCCCGCGCCACGGCCUCUGUAUCUCCCGGCCCUUCGUCGCAUUUCGAGAGCUCACAGCUUGAGAGCUCUCAAUCUCAAACAUCACAGCUAGCGUCUCAGGAGAAGAGUGUCCCGGGCGCGCUGCAGCGGCUCAGCAUGCUCGCCCGUCACGUCAACAAGGAGGCCAAGAUUGCAGGCCCGCCUCACCCAGUUCUUUCGUACUGGCCAGAAGAGCGUGGCGUGCCCAUGCAGGAAUACCAGUCGAGCGUCCUCAUGGCCUCGUCUCAGCGGUUGGAGGCCGUCCGAAGUCGAUUCCAGCGGAUAGAAUCGAGGCGACAGAAGCGUAGCCGCAUCAUGGACGGUUCUUCGCAGGCUGCGAUCCAGGAUAUUGCAACGUCGUCUCAGAUGCCCCGGCUACCUUCCUCGCCGUCCAUGCCGGCUCGCUCGCUGGUCUUGCCGCCGGCCGUUUCACAGCAGCCCCAGAUCGCGUUCCGACCGCUGUUGCCGUCAUCACAGAUGCUAAGCUCAUCGCAGCUGGCGCCGGCUAUGAUCAUGUCGCAGACAGUGCCAGGGAUACAUGGGCGGCGGCCGCAGGGAAAGAAGAAGGCGAAGCGGAGGGGUGGAUUUUAG